CUUAAAUAAACCCAUUUCUUAAAUAAUACCUCUUUUGCGCAGUUCAUCUCCACACUAAGGUCGUGCACUUACCAUAAACGAUCAGUCAUCGUUUUCCACAUUUCUCCACUUCAGCUUAUUAGCAUUGACACACACUUCACACCUUCCUUAACUUUCUUCAUACCCCUCCCCUCUCCCUCCCCCUUCAUGUCGUUAGAAAUCCUUACUGCUACUGGUAGUACGUCCCUCACCUUAGUCGCCAAUCUCAAGGUCGCCAUUGCGGCCAGUGCGUUCCAGCCUAAGCUCGAAGUGGCUGCCAACGAGACCGACACUGUUACCUUGCUCGACAAGAAGAGCGGCUUUACCUUGAUUGAGGCCAACGCCAUUGUCAAGUACCUCAGUAAUGACUUCUCUGCCUCUACUGUCUACGAGGAAACAACCUUACAUGCCGCCACUAAGCAGAGCUCCUUGACCGCUGAACUCUUGACUGUCGAGUUUUCCAAGGCCGAGCUUACCGCUGAGCAGAUUAUCUACUUUGCUGCCGCGUACCCAGUGUUGGCCAAGGCUCCUACUGCAUGGUUUGCUGAAUUUUCUGCUCUUCCGGCUGUUACAAAGGGUGUUAAAGCCGCUCUUGCUCUCACCACCGUGGAAAGAACCAAGAAGGAGAACACUGGCGCCAUUAACGUGCAAGCUGGUGUCCAGGUUAACAAACAGGCCACAGAAAUCAUCCCAAAGGUUGGCGAACGUAACAUUUUGAUCACCUCUGCUUUGCCAUACGUCAAUAAUGUGCCACAUUUGGGUAACAUUGUUGGUUCCGUCUUGUCUGCGGAUAUUUACUCCAGAUAUUGUAAGGCGAGAAACUACAACACUUUAUAUAUGUGCGGUACAGAUGAGUACGGUACGGCUACCGAAACCAAGGCCUUGGAGGAAAAGGUAACUCCGCGCGAGUUAUGCGCAAAGUACCACAAGAUCCACAAGGAGGUGUACGAGUGGUUCCAGAUCGGCUUCGACUACUUCGGCAGAACCACCACCGACAAGCAGACCGAGAUCGCCCAGGAUAUCUUUAUGGGAUUGUACGAUAACGAUUUCUUGGAGGAGCAGACCAUGAAGCAGUUAUACUGUCCGGUGCACAACGGGUUCUUGGCCGACCGUUAUGUCGAAGGAAUCUGUCCUAAGUGCUCGUACGAGGAUGCCAGAGGUGACCAGUGUGACAAAUGUGGGAACUUGCUCAACCCGUUCGAGUUGAUCCAGCCAAGAUGCAAGUUGGACGGUACCUCUCCAGAGAUUAGAGAGUCCAAGCAUAUUUUCUUGUCGUUGGACAAGUUGGAACCUGAGUUGAAGGAAUGGGUGCUCAAGGCAUCUACUGAAGGCAACUGGUCGAAGAACUCCAAGACUAUCACCAACUCGUGGUUGAAGGAGGGCUUGAACCCGAGAUGUAUUACCAGAGACCUCGUUUGGGGUACCCCGGUGCCGUUGAAGGGCGAGUUUGAGAACAAGGUGUUGUACGUGUGGUUCGAUGCCACCAUCGGGUACAUCUCCAUCACUGCAAACUAUUCGGAAAACAACUGGGAAAAAUGGUGGAAGAAUCCGGAAAAUGUGCAGUUGUACCAGUUUAUGGGUAAGGAUAAUGUUCCAUUCCAUACCGUUGUUUUCCCGGCCUCCCAGAUUGGGACCCGCGCCGAAUGGACCAUGUUACACCACUUGAACACCACCGAGUACCUUCAGUACGAAGGCGGCAAGUUCUCCAAGUCCAGAGGGGUUGGUGUCUUUGGGAACAAUGCCCAGGAUACCGGUAUUUCCGCAUCUGUCUGGAGAUACUACCUCGCGUCCGUGAGACCAGAAACCUCCGACUCACAGUUCUCAUGGGCCGAGUUCGUCGCCAAGAACAACAACGAGUUGUUGGCUAACUUAGGGAACUACGUCAACAGAUUGGUCAAGUUUGUUAAUGCCAAGUAUAAUGGGGUUUUGCCAGCCUUCGAUGUCAAGAACUUGCCAAACUACGAUGUCUUCCAGAAGGAUAUCAAUGAGUUGUUGGCCCAGUACGUCACUGCUAUGGAAGGUGUCCAGGAAAGACGUGGAUUAGAAAUCGCCAUGGCCAUCUCCUCCAGGGGUAACCAAUUCUUGCAGGAAAACAAGUUGGACAACUCCUUGUACUCCGACCAGCCAGACAAGUCUGACGCUGUGAUCAUGGUGGGGAUCAACUUGGUCUAUAUCUUGGGAGCAAUCUUCUCUCCCUACAUCCCAGAGACCUCCCGCCAGAUUAAUGACAUCUUGAGAACCGAGGCCUUGCGCAUCCCAGAUGGUUUCAUCUUGCCUAUCCAAGGAGGCCACUGUAUCGGUAAGGCCCAGUACUUGUUCAAGAGAAUCGAAGAGAAGAAGAUCGAUGAGUGGAGAAGCUUGUAUGGGGGUGCCCAGGUUAAAUAGUGGGCGUUUG